AUGGCAACUGAACUGUCUACAUCACCUGUUGCUUUGCCAGCAGUGGCUCCUGCUCCAAUACCAAUCAUAUCUCAGGACAACCUGCCUGCUCCAAGAAGGUCUCGAUCAACUCCAGUUGGGAAAGCUGCCAACGUAACAAUUGCAACGCCGCCACCCAAACUUAUAAGAAUCCAACUCUUCCCACAUACCGAACAUCAUCGCCCCAAUCAUCUAUCAAGAAGCGACUCAGAUCUGCAUUUCUCAUUCUCCCCGAUCGAAAAGGACUUGAAACCAGGCACCCUUAUAAAAAUCGGACGAAAAGUCGAUCGGAAACGAGAACGAGAGCCUACCUCCUCUGCUCGUCAUGCCAGUGCAUCACAUAAACAUCAACAUGAUGAUGCGAAUGGUGGUAGUAAGAGCACAACAGGUACUACUGGAGCUGAAAGGAGUAAAACAUUAACUGAACGAACAAAUCAUGUUGGCUCACCGCCAAGCCCAUCGGCUGUUACAGCAGCUACUCAAGCAGGCCUUGAACCUCACGUCGGUGGUAUGGUCGGUGGUGCUAGUAGUGAUGUCGUCGCAGUGGAUACCACCACGGAUUUGGCGUCGGAUGAUGUAUUGUCAAUAUCUCCUCCAACUAGUUCAGCUACUUUGAGACGAUUAUCUGCAGGGCCAUCUGCCUUCCGGUUACCAAACAGGUCGUCAUUGCUUCCAACGCCAAACAAGGAUAAGGAGACUGUCACUGCUACUUCGUUGGCUAGUCAUCGGAAAGUAGAGUUUGUGGCCUUUAGAAGUAAAGUCGUGUCGAGGACGCAUGCUGAGAUUUGGAUUGGUGCUGAUGGACAGGUCUACUUCAGAGAUGUCGGAAGUUCUUCUGGCAGUUUCUUGAACCGGUUACGGCUGUCCCCCUCUGGUAAAGAGUCGCGUCCAUAUCCAGUCAAAUCGGGGGACAUUAUUCAACUCGGUGUUGACUAUCAGGGACGUCAAGAAGAUAUUUACAAAUCAGUCAUGAUCAAAAUAUUUAUCACAGUACAGAGCGGUAACAGACCGAAGCCCAAUGCAGCAAAAUUAAGAGCUGCUCUCAGAUCAUUAUUGGGUGCUAUGAAUGGUGGUGCAAGGGAUGAUUAUGCUACUACCGAUUGUUGCAUCUGUCUGUGCGCUAUAUCUACCAACCAAGCACUCUUCCUCGCUCCUUGCUCUCACUGCUUCCAUUAUAAGUGUGUAAUACCCUUACUCGGAUCAGCACUCAUGUUCCAAUGCCCCCUUUGUCGGCAAGUCGCCAAUUUGGAGGCAUCGGUAACUGGAGAAGACAGUCAAGCAACGUCGUCACCACAAUUAGAAGAUGUAGAAACCAAGGAUGUAGACAUUGAAGAAGAGGAAGAAAAGAUGGUUGAUGGUACAGCGAGAUGGGCUAGUCUUGCUGAACGAGGUGCUAAAGCUUCACGAAGGAUUAGUGUCAUGACUGUAUCUCGAGGACAUAGUAGUGAUGAUUAUGACUCUGAUGAUCGGGAAUUACCCUUGCCACCUGCUCCUGGAGGCAGUGAUGAUGCUGCUGGCCCGGCAACACUGUUUCGUAGUCCACGACAUGUUGUUGGAUCCGACGAUGGACACUCGACAGAGUAA